CGCAGUUCCGCGCCAUCCUCCGUAUCGUUGACACGUCCUACGAAAAGAGUGUGGAGUCAUUCGGUACGUUUGCUUCUCUCGUGACUCGUCUUGUGCGUUGAUUCUCGGUCCGAGAGUUCUCCUCGUGACGUCGAACGAUCUUGUCGUUCAGUUUCUUCGUGUUCUCCAACCCCGUUUAUCAUCACGCCGUUUCGUGCUUGACUAGAAAAAACCGUUUUCUUCUUUUCAAAUACCGCGCGUGCGGCGGCAGUGCGCGCACCGUGCGACCGUUAGGUCGCUGACUCUUGAAAAUAGUCCCAAUUGCGCGUUUUCGACCUAUCGAAGUUGCUGUGCAGUAGAGCGCGCAUCGACCGUGAUCCUCGAUCGUAGUUUCGCGUCGGUUUUUCUCUGUGCCGUAUUAUUGAAAAAACUACUGUUCCGAAUAGUGAAUUGGUGAAUUUCGUGCGAUCGUGACAUUCUUUGUUCGAAUCAGUGAACAUUUCACGGAGAACUAUGUCGUCAAUCAGCAAUUGUUGUUUGUUCACCGCGGCUGUCCUGAUUGCCUUUGCAAUCGAAAUUAUCGCCACUCAAACUAUGGACGCCAGGAUUCGCGAUGACUCCGAUUUAUCCCAGUUCUACCAGUUGUUGGAAGCAAGUCAGGUGGCAAAUACCACGCUCACGUAUCGUCACGUGACGGUUUUCGCACCUACAAAUCGAGCCUUCCAAAAGUACAAUGGAACUACGAAAAACUUGGUUCUCUACCACAUGUCGAAUUUCCCAAAGACGAUCGAGAAUCUAGGAGACUCAAUCUCGUCGGAGUUAGAGGGUAAUCCACCCUUGUGGGUCACCAGGAGACCAGGCACUCACGGUCAAGAAGUCUACAUAAAUAACGCUAAAAUCCUCAUAGAUCGGAGCAAUUUUCAAUCUAAGGUUAGCGUUGGCGGCGACGUGAAGACUCAGGUUUUGCACAUAAUAAACGAAGUGUUGGAACCAGUACGUUCGAAUUCGAUGGAACUACCGAUCUAUAGUCCAAACGCUUUCGAAUUUCUCAAUCAAAGUGAAAAUCUUGAUUUGGGUGUUCAUCGUCUUCGCAUCUUUCGGCAGCGGAUCUUGACGGAGAAGAAGGAGGAUGUCUUCAAGGCGGACGGACGUUACACCUUUCUUAUCCCCGUUGAGGAGGGUUUCCGGCCAUCACCUAGGCCGGAAAAGGUUGACCGUGUGGUAAUCGAUGGCCACGUAAUACCUAACCAUGUCCUCUUCACGACACCUACACCUCACAAUGUACCUUAUCAGACACUUGCGUUCUCUGAUAACGUCAAGGUCACCGUUAGUUUCCUCAAGGAGCAUGAUAAAGUAUACGUGCAAUCGAACACUUUGGUCGGUGACGCGGGACAUCCAACUGGAGUUGUCCUGGCAGAAAUAAUUAAACCGAACAUCCCUGUGCGCAACGGUGUGAUCCACUUGAUCCAACGACCUCUUAUGGUCGUCGACACUACGGUGAAGGACUUCCUCGAGUCCUUCAAGGAAAAAAGGGAUGGACCUGUGUACAAAUUUUACGAGAUAAUCCGAGAUUUCGGAGGAGACAUCAUGAGCACUAUAAGCCAUCUGCGUGAUGUCACGCUAUUUGCGCCCAGCAACGCGGCCUUCGAGGAACCUGGUGUCCAGAAGAUAUUGCAGGACAAGGAACGUGUCAAGGAGAUGCUGAACCUACAUUACGUCAAGGAUCGAUUGCCAAUCGAAAAGAUCAAGAACAAGAGCGUCAACCAGAAACCGUUCGGGAAGCCACAAUAUGGGAUCCCCACGGCAGCAGACAAGAAGAAACUGUAUUUCAACGUAGCUCAGGAGCCAAACGGAAAUCAAAUAAUGACUGUCGAAGGAGGUGGCGUGAACGCGACAAUAAUUACCGCAAAUAUCGCUGCCACCAAUGGAUUGAUUCACAUCAUCGACAGAGUUCUUGGAGUUCCAUACACCACCGUGCUGGAGAAACUUAAAACCGAUCCUAUGCUCAAUUCUACCUACUUCCUUGGACAACGGCAAGGAUUCAACGACCAAUUGAACGACACGUCAACGCGUUUCACUUACUUUGCACCGCGCGAUUACGCCUGGCAUGUAGCGGCUAUCAGUUAUCCAUCCACUUCGAAAAAGAUCUUUAUGCCUGAAUACAGCUAUCACACAAAACAAAUCCUGGAACGACAUCUCGUGAUAGCAGACGAAGUAUACACGAUGGCCAAACUGAAGGAGAUGAAGCACAACGACACCAUCGUCCUUCCAGCAGCCAGAGACAGCCUGAAGCUUCGUAUCAGGGAGCAUAGCGAAAAUGACAAGUACGACGAAAACAUGAUCCGUCCAGAAACUUUGGUUUACCAGAUCGAGUGGGAGGGCAACUGGAUUCGAGUGUAUCGUCCGGACGUCGAGUGCACCAACGGCAUCAUCCACGUGAUCGACGCGGUGUUGUUGAAGGACAGUGACGUGAGGGUGACCGGAACAGCGUCCGCCACCAGCCUUGCAUCGCAUUUGAUCAUGAUCCUGGUGGCCAAGUGGCUGCUUUAAGGACGUACGUUGAGGAGUCUGUCAUAGGUGCACCUAGGAAUUUAUUUUCGGGACCGUCUCCGAUCGUCCUCGUCCGAGAGAGCGUAGUGCGCGAGAUCCGGGUUCGAACUUUGAGAAAAAUCCGCUUGGGACGAGCUUUCGUCAGGGUCUACCCCUUCAAAAGACCGAUCCUGACCGUUGCUUGUACCGCCAAUUCCGGGAUCAGAGUGAUCUCCGUGAUCUCCGUUGUGACACUGCGUAAACUGUGUUCGAGGGUUCUUGCUUUUGCCUCCCUUUUAAUAGAGACACACAGAGAACGAGAGAGAGAGAGAGAGAGAGAGAGAGAGCGGGAGAACGAGAGAGAGAGAGAGAGAGAGAGAGAGAGAGAAAUGACAAAGCAUCCCUUAAGAAAUAAAUGUGUUCCCUGAGAAGAAAUCGAGGAACGAUCGACGGAUCGGGGACGAUUCUGAAUGAGAAUUAAAUUAAAGAAGGUCGAGGCUCUUGGACAUGAUCGCUAUAAGAGAGAGGAUAUUGUGAUUUCUAUCCCGAUCAGGCAAGAGCCAACCGAUCUGUUAAGUAACGUGGGCGAAGCUUAAACAAGAAACGUAUUAUUUAGCAAUUUCGAAUUAUUGUCGUCAGUAAAAUGGUUCGCUACGAGAACACGUGCAGGUGUUAUUACUACGUAAGUACGAUAGAGAUUCUCUUGAUUUGAAGUUUUAUCGUAUCGAUAGGAAUUAUCGGGUGUCUUAUGCGCGUCGCGACCACGAGGAGUUCCUCGAGGAUCUUGCACGAGAGAAAAAGGAAAAGACAUUUUUAGACGACCAUGAACAAGUAUAUCGCGAGUUGGAGAGACGCCAUUGAUCGUACCAAAUGAUUAAUUAACCGUACCAACCGAGUAAAUAAUUUAGAGAAACUUUUAACGAGCGAGAAGAGCGCGGGAAUAAAGAGAUUUCGGGGAACCUCUUCGAGUACAAGGGCUGCAAGGGUUGGCGUUUUCUAAGUGCAGUAUGUUCGCCAUAUUUCUCGUUACGCUGACAAAUAAUAAAAAAAUUCGUUUCCAUUCGAGCUUACGAUUUCGUGUAAAUUAUAAUGAUUCAGUUGGCAAAGCUGGCGGCGUUCCUCUUUUCUGAACGACCUAGGAUUAACGAUCACGCGAAAGUUUGUCACACGAGGAUCCAUAUCCUUUCGAUAUACCGAUAUUUUAGCAGAAACACACGUGUAAAGGAUAAAUAUACUAUUACCUAAUACGUCCCUUGUCGGUUCAGACCGGGCGCCAUUCAGGCCGUAAACAUUUUCGUACAACUAUAUACGUCUCGCCUAAUUAUGGUACUUCGAUUUCAUUGACAAUGAUACGCUAUAGUUCUGUGUGUAUGUAUGUACGAGCGUCAUUUCUGUUGGCCGAAGAAUCGCGCGGCGAGGCACACGCGAACGCCAAUUACGGAGAAUCAAUCGGAAAAUUGUGCGCGGUUUCGAUAUCGAUGUACAUAAUGUAGGUAAAAGCAAAACUCGUCCUUAAAUAUCCUCUCUAUUCGAACGAAAUUAACGAAGGAAACGACGAUUAACAAAGGCAACGUUGUUGAUCCUCGACGCGUGGUUUCGCGCCUUAGAUGUGAUUUCUAAAUACACUUGCUCUCUGUAUCAUAUCGUAAUACACUGUCUACUUACUGAUAAUACUGCCACGACGUCUCAUUGCAAGCUCAACGCGCUUGCAAACGAGUUUUUGUACAAUUAUCGUUGAAAGAAGCGAAAGCAUUAUCCAGUAGAGAAGUGACUCGAUCACAUUCCGACAUUCUGCAGACUGUUUGAACGAAUUUUCGAAUAGAAAUAUCGAAGACCAAUUUAUUUCUCGUUAUAUAUUUAACAAAUACGUAGAAAUUUGAUUUCAAUUAUGCCAACAAAUAUAUCCUUUCAUUUAAAUUUAAAUUUAUAACCUUGUCGAUAUUAAAAAGAAUUGUACAAAUCCAACAAGAAUUGAACAAGCCAGAAUUAUAAGAUGAAAUCGUCUUUAUCACGAGAAUUCUUUCGAGCAGACUGCGCAACGCGUAAAAUACUCAUUCAGAAAGUUUUUUUUAACGACUGUACAGUGCUAUAUAUAUAAUAUAUCUAUACAUAUAUAUUAUAUAGAAUCAUCUGUGUCAAUGCACCAUGUCGCAAUAGUGCAUCUCUUUCGAGAUUACCGUCGGAUUCGUAUUUUGUUUCGUACCUAAGCGUAAUUCAGUUUAACCUUUUGCAAUUUUAUAUCAAUCGAUAUCAAGCAAGAACGGAUAAAACAACUCCUAUAGCUAACGUAAUGACAAUUUUAAUACAUAUAUAAGAAAUAUAUAAGAAAAUUUAAUUUUAAAGUUCCACAACUCCUUAAUAAGAUGGCAAAGGAUAAACUGCAACCACGUGUUCCAAACUUGAGAAACAAACCCUUGAGAGAUCACGAGCAAACGACACAACAACACAGUUUCAUUCCACGAUUAGUAUGAGCUUAGCUAUGUGUGCGUACAAGUAAUUAUAAUGAUCACGUGUGUCCGUCAAACGAAAAAGUAGUAAUGUAAAUCUAUGAGAAAUCGAUUGAGAGAUCGGAUAGAAGAGAAGAGGAGAACCUGAGUAUUCGAAGGUGAAGAAAUUACAACGCCUCGAAAUUUCGUUUCCUCCCCCUAGAACAAAUCGUCGUGAUGAGAGGAGGAAUGUGAAAGAGAGUCGUUCAGAGUAAUAUCGAAACGCCGAAACUAAAAAACAGAAAAGAAAAAAAAAGGAAAAAAAAAAAGACUAUGAGCGAUCGGAGCGUUUCCGGUUGUUUCACUCGUAUUAGUUAAAAGAGGGAAAGAAAAAUAGAAGACUUAUUAAAGAUUUUUCAUUCAGCUACCGUACUUUUUCUCCGCGAAAUGGAAUUAAAAGAAAGAAACGGAUUAAUAGAAGAAUUCGAUGUUAUACGUGUUGAUAUCAGUCUAUACAUAUAUAUAUAUAAAACAAAGUAAAUAAAUAAAUAAAUAAAUAAAUAAAUAAAUAAAUAUAUAUAUAUAUAAAGUAUAUAAAGUAUAAAACAGAGAUAUAUUGACGAGGAAGAAAGUACGAUUGAAGAGAUGAAAAAGAACUGAGAGAGAGAGAGUGAGAGAGAAAGAGAUAAAAAGAAAAAUACAGAAAUAUUAUCAAAAAAUGAUACCUUAAAACUUGUUGUUGGGAUGAAUUGAUAUUAUGAAUUAUUAUUAUUAUUAAUAUUAUUAUUAUUACAUAUAUAAAUAUAUACAUAAACUCUAAUAAACACUGUUUGUUCGUUAGACGAGAAUUAAGAUUGCAAAUUAAAAAAGAAAAAAAAAAGGAAAAAAAUAGCGAAACUCUAUUUCUUCGUGUAGAUGCGUCUUUAAAUAUUCAGCUUGUUCAAAGCGUUACGCCGAAACGAAUCGCGCAUAAUUCGCAGCUGUGUCCGGAUUGUGAAUGGUGUGAAUGGAAAUGCGAGAGACGGAAUUUCGAAGGAAAUGUCGUCGCACGGAACUCCGCGAAAACUAUCACAUUCAGAAAGAACAGCAUAUCCGACGCGUUCCUUAUGACGGUUCUUUCAAAUAAAACUGGUGAACCCAGUUUUUCGUUCAAACACGAAAACGUUACGAACUACAUCCUGGCUAACUCUGAACAUAUACGAUAAAUCUUGCAAAUCGGAAUGGAAUCGGAAAGUUUUAGAGUAGAGGAAUAUAUAGGGAGAACAUGGCACGUGAUCAAAAUUUAAUGGAAUCAAAGUCGAAUUUGUAAAUGUGAAAUGAAAAAUUAAUUUUUCGUAUAUUAUAAAUUUUUGUAACAAACGUAAAUCUCGUCCGAGAUAAAAAUUCAAUCCAUUUAUAUUAAAAUAAGUAAUUUAUUUCCGAUAAUUCCUACCAAACUGUUAAAUUUCUUAAUCAAGAUUAGUAUAGUUGUAUCUUAUUUUAUUUCUUUUUAUUAAUUUUGUUUUUUUUUGUUUAUAUAAAAAAAUUUUCUUCAUUUAACCGUUAUUGAUUAUAUCUUGCAGUAAAAAAUGUUCUCUCUAUAAAUUUCUUUAUUUUAAGAUCGAAACAUUAAUCAAAAAGAGAAAAUCGAUCGAGUCGAAUACUCGAUGACCGAGACUCGUAUAUUUAUUUGCAUAUCCAAACACCAGCACACGCCUCUCAGCUCUCUUUUGUCAGUUUUGGUAUAAAGAAAAAAAGUUGACGAAUUUCCAAAUGGAUUGUACGUAGAAAGUAGAGAGAUAUUGGAAAAUUGUACAGUUUGACGAUGAUACCCCUUCGCGGUUUAAUAAAUCUCGAAGAAAUCGCGUCUGAAAUAUUGUUGCUAUAUUUGAACGAACCUUUUAAUUUUAAGCAGAACGAAAUUUUUGGUACUGAAUAAUUGUACAAUCGUCAUAAAACACGUGAUACGAGUAAUAAUACAUAGAAAAGACAGUUAUACGAAGUAAUAACUGUUUUGUUAUUAAAAAAAUAAAAAAAAAAACAAAAAAAAAAGAAAAAAAGAAUCACGUUUUAAAGAGUAAAUCAUCAAAUUAAAAUUCCAUGUAACAUAAUAAUUGAAAAAUAUGUUAAAUUAUAUAUAGGGAUUUAAUCAAAUUUAACUCAUAUCAGAAUUUCGUUGGAAAUCUCUUUGUCCUUACAUAAAUAUCUUUCAGUUCACAAUUUGCAACUGUGUUCCUAUCUCCUACGAUACGUUCAAUACGAGUAAUAAAUAUCAAAAUUAAUAAGGAAUUGGAGAAUAUAUAUUAAUUACCAGUAAUAAGAAAUAGGUUUACAAAUUAUCCUAACCUAAGUUUCAUUCUUUAAAUCGUACGCAUGUAUAAUAUAAAUGUUCCAAGGGAAAUCUAAGCAAAACUAAUUCGACUUUGAUUAUGCAAAUUUUUAAAUUCUUUCCAAAAAAAAAAAAAAAAAAAAAAAGAAAGAAAAAAAGAAGAAUCUUAAAACUAUUUUCAUAAGUGCCAUUUAUAUUAUCUAUAUUAAAAAGAAUAACUUUAUCAUGUCCUACAUGUUCUACAUGUUCAAUUGUGUUGUAAACUUAUAAAAUUAAUUAUAAAAAUCUCAACGUCCAAAACCCGAUAUGUGGAUCAAUUUUUUUCGACUGAUAGAUAAGUGCGAGAAAGUCGAAUAAUUUGCAACGAUUAAUUACAAAGUCAUUGAGGAUCUCGUAUUUUAGUCCCUUGACCAAAGAAGCAGACGUGUAAUACGAUUAAUUUAAGUCGCGUUCCUCGACAUUAAUUAAAUCCAAUUUAAUAAUUAUUCGUAAAUUGAUCGAACAGCUGUAGUUCAUCGAUUUUUUAAUUCUCGCGUAAUUAUUUGUAUAUUUUGUAGAUAUGUUACAUACAUUUUUACGACAGAAAGAAAUAUCAUAUUGCGUAUAGUGGUCCAAUUAAAAAUGGCAUUUUCAACUCGUGCGUCCCCGAAAACUUGUCCGACUUUUCUUCGUUUGUCUCAGAUUUGUUCAUUUCUGAACUAAUUAAUUCGAUGAAUCGAGAAAGCAAUUCGAGUAAAAUUUAAGUGUGUAUUUCUCGUGAGAACUAGUAGCAAAAAUCAAAAAUCGAAAUAAUUUUAAAUAUCUUUUUCAAAUAUUCCAUUUUUUUUCUACUAUACUAAACUUCCAUAAAUUUUGAAGUAUUAUAUACAAAUAUUGUAUAUAUAUAUUUUUUUUAAUUUUGUGAAUUAAUUUUAUUCAUAUGCUCAAAUAAAUUAACAUUGCAAAUGAAAUAUUAUUAUUAUAUGUAACAAUGAAUAAAAAAUUGGUUGAAAAAUUAACGAUACUUUCCCUCGUACUUUUUGUUUUAAUUAACGCGUAAGGGAAAAGAGAUUUUUAAAUAAAUCGUUCCUCGAAGCAAUCAUUCUGUCACCGUCACUUUGUUAUUAUUAUUAUCGAUUCUAUAUAAAAAGUUAUUAUCUGAAUUUUUAGAAACUAAGACAUCGCUCGCAGGAAUACAAAACAAUCGCGAAAUUAAACUCCGUGUACACGUUUCCUACGUAGCUACCUAUAAUACUCACGUCUCUAUUCUUAAAAUGGAAUGCUAAACUUUGGUAAAGUAUUUUUACUCAUAUUUUCGAUCAAAGGUCUCGUGAAGCUUAUUUUGAAACUGAUUUAGUUUCAUUUAUAAUUCGUUAAUUAAUUACAUUCUAUUAAAAAUAUGACCUAAAAUUUAAAAAAUAAAAUAUAAAUCAAAGAUUUUUUCUCAAACAAAAUGAUUUUAACUUUUAUCUAUUAAAUAGUAAUAAUAUUUUUAAAUAAUUAAAAUAAAUAACAUUAUUAAAAAUUGUAUAUUUCACUACCUAACUAAGAAUUUUAUUCGUUUAUAUUUUUAAACUAUCAUCUCAAAAGUUUCUUUCAAUAAGUUUUUUUUUAUCUCGGAUUCUAAAAUUAUUUAUGUAUAAAAAAAAUUUAAUUUUUAAUUUCUAAGAAUUUAAAAAAAAGAAAAACAUUUUGCAUUUGAAUUCAUAAGAAUUCGACCCGAAAAAAUACGUAAAGUACCAAACCAAAGUUAGAUCCUAUAAAUCUAUAAGUUCAGAAACGUUUCUUGCAAACCUCAAGCAACGUUUUCUCUAUUCUCGUCGUCGUAGAUCCUUUCAAAUCGCGCAUUUCAAUCAUCGUUUGCAUUUAUCUCGUCGAACUCCAUCGAAUUUUUCGCGAACUACGAUAUUUUGUUCCACGAAUGACGAUUUAAAUGCAAUUGAUAAAAUGUCAAAUUUACAUAAUUGUAAAUCAUUAUUAAAUAAGAAUAUAGCAGUUAACGAAAUAAAACAGAGAGGAGGACGAGUGUUUCUUUUCCUUUUUGAAAAAUUGCGGACGACGUAUAAAAUAUAUAAGUGAUUUAAUAUUUUAAGCGUUGGAUAGAUACCGUCAGAUUUAAAGCGGGAUUUAACUAAUUAAAAUUAACUAAGGAUUAUUUAUUAGCUAUUAUAUAUAUUAUAUAACAUAUAAAUAUAUAUGUAUAUUAUAUACCUAUAUUAUAGUAGGGAAAUCAAAUUUUACGUACCACAGAGCUAUUUGUACAAAUGCCGAUUUUCAUUUCGAUUAUUCAUCCAUAAACAUCGCUCGAUAUUUAAUUGCCGGCAGUGCAACUUUGAUAAUCGUUUAGGUGGAAAAAGAAAAAUUGAGAAAAAAAAAGUACAUACACAUAUAUAUUAUAUUUUAGAUAAUUAACCCAGCAGAAGAUUCUAGUUUUUUCUUAGGGCUUAGAUGUACGUGUAUUUACAUUUGUCUGUAUUUUCAGAGUUAAUCGUUAAGUUUCUUUCCUUUGAAUUGCGCUCAUCGCGGGGGACGACAGACAUUCUUGUGUAAAAUUUUUACGAAAGACUUUGCGCAUUUCGAACCACCUGAAUUCACAAGUGUGUGUGUGUCUGUAUUCGUAGGGCGAACGAUGCGAUAGCAGUGUGCCGAAUAAUUUAAAAUAAUAAUAAUAAUAAUAUAAUAAUAAUAAUAUUAAUAUUAAUAAUAAUAAUACUAAUAAUAAUAUUAAUAAUAAUAAUAUUAAUAAUAAUUAUAAUAAUAACAACAUAAAAUAAAAUAGAGUAUAAAAUUUUUUUCUGUCUGUGAACGUCGUACGAAUGCACCGGCACCCUGGUCGUCGUUUGCCCGAUCGUUGAACGAUCAUGUCACUUGUAUCUCGCUUAAUUACACUGUGUAGACUGCGGUCGCUUAUGCUGUAUGAUUUUACAAAGAAUAAAGAACACCUACAAGAUAGUUUAAGUGGCUUUUCGUUGGUUGAAGCGUAUCAUUUCCGCGCGAACGGAGGCGUAUCGCGUUUUAAUCAUUUUUCCUCUAUGUCUUAAAUUAAAUUGACGUCGAGCAAGGAAAGACAUAUAAAAUUAUUUUAGCACGGUAUACGUAUUUAGUAAUGUAACAAAAUGUCCACGUGUCGUUCAAAAAAAGAAACGCGAAUCGAAUGUCUAUGUUCUUAAAUUUUGCAUUGCAAAUUAUGACAUUAUUUUGGCUGUAUAAUUUUACAAAAAAUAAAGAACACUUAUCAAGAACGA